AUGUGGGGCUUCUGCGUCGGCCUUGGCAACGUUUGGCGCUUCCCCUACCUCUGCUACAAGAACGGCGGAGGAUACGUGGCCAGGCAACAGCCGCGACAUGUCGCCGAUCAAGAACUCUGGGCGACCGUCAAGGAGGAGCUCAGCAGGAUGUCGCUGGCCGUUUCAGAGAAGACCCUGUGUCAUAAGGUGCAAGCGGCGCAGUGGAGGUUCAAUGCAGAGACUCUCGACAACCUGAUGUGCGGCAUGCCGGAGCGCAUGCGACAGCGCUGCACGACAUGCCGGCAGGACUGCUUGAAGGCCAUCGGCAAGGCCUAUCACCCGGAGUGCUUCGCCUGCGCCUACUGCGGAGGUCUGUUCGGCAACUCAGCCUUCUUCCUCGAAGACGGACUGCCCUACUGCGAAAACGACUGGAACGAGCUGUUCACCACCAAGUGCGUCGGCUGCGGCUUCCCGAUCGAGGCCGGCGACCGCUGGGUGGAGGCCCUCAACAAGAACUUCCACUCUCAGUGCUUCAAGUGCGCGGUGUGCCGCACUAUCCUGGACGGCAUGCAGUUCUACGCCAAGGCCGGCCGUGCCGUGUGUAAGGUGCACGCUGGCAAGUUCUAGCCGCCGAGAUCUGCGGCAACAACUUGGAGGGCCAGAGCUUUUUCGCGAAGCAGGGACGGCCGUUCUGCAAACACCACGCGCGCAUGUAGACC